CCCACUCCUUGUCCACUUACCACUCACUCUUCUUGCACAUCGACGACUACGAUCACCACCAAUUACCACAUACUCUCCACAAUGGCCAACGAGGAACCCCCGAGCACCGACCUUAUCACCCUCACUCGCCAUGUCCUCAGUGACCAGAUCCGUCUGGGGUCGUCUGCAACUGGCGAUCUCACUCUCCUUCUCAAUGCCAUCCAGCUAACGUCCAAGUUCAUCGCGACCAACGUCCGGAAAGCUCGUCUAAUCAACCUUGUUGGUCUGGCAGGCGAGACCAAUGUACAAGGAGAAGAGCAGAAGAAACUGGAUGUGCUUUCAAACGAUAUCAUGGUUAACGCCUUGCGUGCCUCUGGGAAGACCGCCGUUCUUGUUUCAGAGGAACUGGACGAGGCAAUCUUCAUCGAUGACCCAUACAAGGGCAAGUACUGCGUGGUCUUUGACCCUCUGGAUGGCUCGAGUAACAUCGAUGCCGGUGUCAACAUUGGUACAAUCUUCGGUAUCUACAAAGUGCAACCGGAAUCUACAGGAACUAUCGAAGACGUUCUAAGACCAGGAAGGGAGAUGGUCGCGGCUGGAUAUACCAUGUACGGUUCUUCGUGCAACCUGGUCAUGUCGACUGGAAAUGGAGUGAACGGCUAUACCCUCGAUGCGGCCCUCGGCGAAUUCAUCCUUACCCAUCCUAACAUCACUAUUCCACCACGAGGGAAGAUCUACUCCUUUAAUGAAGGAAACUCGAUGUACUUUUAUCCACCUACGACGGCCUACCUCAAGUCCAUCAAGUAUCCCGCCAACAACAAGUCACCUUAUAGCGCUAGGUAUAUCGGAUCCAUGGUGGCCGAUGUACACAGAACCCUGCUUUACGGUGGAAUCUUCGGAUACCCGAGUGACAAGAAGAGCAAGAGCGGGAAGCUGAGGCUGUUGUACGAAGCGUUCCCCAUGGCCUACUUGACCGAACAGGCUGGCGGUAUUGCUACUACCGGUACACAGCGGAUCCUGGAUAUCACGCCCAAGACCAUCCAUGAACGGUGCCCUGUCUUCCUCGGAAGCAGGGAUGAUGUGCAAGAGUUGAUGAGGUUCUACAAAGAGGUCCCUCUUGAAGGAUAGAAGAAACGAAGU